AUGUUCGGUUUACUGGCAUCCGUCACGGAAAUCGCGCUGAUGAUGUUGGAACCGGUAUACCAGACGUACAAGGGACUGGAGGCGAACGAGACGGGCGGCAACGGGCUGGACCAGGACGUGUGGCGGCGGUUGCUCGUCCACUGGAUCGUGUACGGCGUGUUCCGGGCGGUGGAGGGCCUGGCCCGGCCGUGGGUGCCGUUCUACGACUUGGUCAAGAUCGGCGCCAUCGUGUGGUUGCGCGCGGGCGGCUCGGAUACGGUUUACCAGAUGAUCAUCCGGCCGUACCUGGCGGAAAACGAGCAGGCCAUCGACGAGUGGAUCGAUCAGAUGAACCGCACUCGAGAAACGGUGAUGGCCGCCACGUCGGUGCUGAGCGCCGCCGUCACCGCCGACCCGGACGCGUUCGACGAAGGCGUGAUGCCGGCGCAAACGACGGUGCUGCCCGACCCGGUGGUGCCCACAAUCCCGGCGCCCGUCAGUGCCAAACCGGACGAAGGACAAAACCGGAAGGAUGAAUAA